UGAUGGGAGUCUAGAAAGGUAUAAGGCUAGAUUUGUAGUCUAAGGAUAUAGUCAACAAGAGGGUUUUGAUUACCAUGAGACAUUUAGCCCUGUAGCUAAACAAGCUACUGUCAUUUUUCUUGCACUUGCAGCUAGUCAUUGGUUUUUAUGUCAACUUGAUAUUCAUAACGCCUUUUUAAAUGGGGAUGUUGAGGAAACAGUCUACAUGGAUUUACCUCCUGGUUAUAUAGUAUACGCUGGUUGUUCUUCUCAUCAGAAGUUGGUUUGUAUGCUGCAUAAAUCAUUAUAUGGUUUGAAACAAGCAUCUCGACAUGCAAUGUCAAAUUUACUAAUGCUCUUUUGGAUUUUGGGUUUGUUCAGUCCAAAUUUGAUUAUUCUUUGUUUACUCUCAAGACUAAUAAUGGUGAUUUUGUGGCUUUGAUGGUGUAUGUCGAUGAUAUUGUCAUUGGGAGUUCUUCUCAACAAGCUGCUGAUAAGUUCAGUGUUUGUCUCAGUACAUGGAUAAACCAAUUACCAUUCAUCUACAAGCUGCGCAUAGGGCUCUCAAAUAUCUCAUUGGCGCUCCUGGUAAAUCACUUAUUAGUUGGCGGUCCAAAAAGCAAUCUGUUGUUGCUCACAGCUCUACUAAAGCUGAAUAUCGUGCUAUGGCUACUGCUUGUUGUGAAUCUGUUUGGAUACUUUCUCUAUUGCAGGAUUGUGGUUUUUCCAAUGUUCCUCCUGUUUUGUUUUGCUGUGACAAUCAGUCUGCAUUACAUAUAAGCAAGAAUCCCCGUGUGUUUCACUGAGGUGGAUUGUCAUUUUGUUCAUGAUAAGGUCUUGACUGGUGUGAUUAGUCCUCAAUCUGUAUCUACUCAGAAUCAGCUGGUUGAUCUCUUUACAAAAGCCUUGCCAUUCAAGAUGAGCAUUCUUGAUUCCAUGCUCCUUUUGCGGGAUCAAUUUUGUACUUGUAAAAGUUAUGAUAGUUAGUUGUAACUUCUCUCAUUUUAAUAAUACUUGAAGUAUAUUUUUUCA